AUGCAGGCAAACAACGCAAAGGCAAUGAGUGUGCAAGCAGAGGCCAUCAGAGCCCUUGUGAAGCCUGCGGCAUUUAAGCCCAAGAUACCAAAGGGCCCUAGCCACAAACUCAGCAGUCUGGCUUUCAUCGUUCACCGCAACCUUGGGAAGCAGAUUCGAAGCUACAUGGCCAAAGGUCAUAGGCUCUGCGAAUCAAAGCCCAAGGCUCAAACCAAGGCAGAGGCCAUAGCUCCAGCUAAAGCCAAGGCUUCACCUCCAGCUCAGGCUCUCAAAUGUGCCCAGGCCCCUGUAAAAGCCCCGUAG